CUACAUACACUAUCCCUAUAUAGCUCUCAUGCAAGACGAUUUUCACAAAAUAUUCAACUUUAGAAUUCCAUAUUGAAUAAUCAAAGAUAAACACUUUCAACCAUGUGGGUGUCUAGUGUAAGACUGGCUGCUGAUGCUUACCUUGUGUGUCUUCAUCAUGCCCUCACAACAGAGAAGGAAGAAGUGAUGGGACUGCUUGUAGGACAGUUCAGUGAGGGCAACGAAGUUACCUGUGAUAUUUAUUCUGCUGUUACACUGAGAAGAUCAGAUAAAAGAAAGGACCGUGUGGAAAUAUCACCUGAGAUGCUGAUUGAGGCCCAGAACAAAGCCGAGCAAAUGUCAGCUUCCAGUGGACAGGAACUACACAUUGUGGGCUGGUAUCACUCUCACCCACACAUCACUGUUUGGCCCUCUGAUAUAGAUUUACAAACCCAGGCAGGAUACCAACAAAUGGACAGCAGAUUUAUUGGCCUUAUAUUCUCAGUUUACAAUGAAGACAAGAAAACCAAGGUAGGAAGCCAUCAGGUAACCUGCUUCCAAGCAACCAACCAGAGUCCAGAGGGAGAGGCCCCUCAGUACGUGCGAUUACCUGUUCCCCUGGAAAUUCAGCCGACCCCAAAUUUAGCCCCUAAUAACCAACAGGCACUGGAGAGCUUGUGUUCAACACUCUUUGAUGAGCAAAGUGAAGUGCUAGAGUUGUCAAGACAGCGGUCUCCCCAAUACCCACUUGCUCAUUUACACAAUGCAGCUGUGAUGGUUCGCAGUGUUUGUGGCCUUAGUAGCCUUGUGUCAGGUCCUCUUGUGUGCACGAUGGAGGAACGAUUACACCACAUAAGAGGCACUACGCAACAUCUAAAACAAGAAGCAGAGUACUUAAAGAACCUCCUUCUGGAAAAUGAAAUCAAAGUUCCUCUUUAAAAUUUGCAAAAAAGUCUAAGAGAUGUGUAAAAGUAAGGAAAUUUACAGUAAGACACUUUGGAGUGGGGUUUUCAUUUUAUAACUCUUAAAUGUCUCCUUUUCUAGUCUGUUUUGUAUACCUGAUUUUAUACACUUUUAGGUUUUGCUAGUUGACUUUAUGCAAAAGAAUAUUUUUGUAGUGAUACAAAUAAUAUGCUUUAUUGUCAGCAGAUUUUGGUUCUUCUGUAUUAAAUUCAAAUGUUUGAUUUAUGAGCUUAUAUUUAUUUUUCAAGUUAUAAACUAAAUGCUUAGUCAAAACAGGUAUGUUUGUAAUUACUCAUGUGAAUGAAGUUUCUGUGAUCAAAAUGUUUCAUAGAACCACUUAUAAAACUAGGAGUUACUUAGCAACUUGCCUAGUGGCAAGGGUUAGUCAGAUGUUAUGCAUUCAGCUCACAUACAGAGUAAAAUUUCCUGUUAUUUUUAAUUUACACCACAGAUCACUGGGGUGAAAAUUCAUACUACAUCAUUUCUUUCACCUGAUUAUGUGUAAAAUUGUAAGUGAAUUAUAAAAAAAAAUAAUAUAUAUAACUGCAAAGAGAAGAAUCAUCAGUGGUCACACCCAUAUCCUGGCAUGCAAUAAAUUUAAUGUGACAAUGUAAAUAAUAUCUUUGACAUGAUCUAAAAUAAAAUUGCAAUUAUACUGGAUAAACUAAAAAAUAUAGUUUGUGUCAGGUUGUUAUAAUGUUAUCCAAAAUCACAUUCAUAUUUUUAUUGCUGAUUUCUCAGAACACAAGUGAAUAUAAAACAUUAAUAUGUGACAUCUCUGAUGAAAUAACUGUUAUCUUAUUUUAUAUAUUUGACAUAUACAUUGAACUUUACCUCAUGGAUAUAGACAAAAGAAGCUUCUCCAGCAUUGUCAUUUUAUUAACUGUUGCUCAAAAUAUUAAGCCAAAGUCUCCGGGAAAAUGUAGUAUUGUUUUGUGAAAUGGCUCUGCACAUAGUUGGCUCUGCAAGUGCUUAACCACAAAGGAGUCAAUUAGUAGACCUUUCAUUAAGUUUGCAAGAAAAAUGUAUUUUAUACUAAUACUAUCAGUAUUGAUGAGACCGGUAGUACUUUUAACUGGCUCAUUGUGACACAGUUGUGGAGCCAGCUAUGUGUAAAAAUAAUUAAUAAAUUAAAGCUCACAGUGGGUAUGGCAUGUAUGUACAUCCCAGUCCUGGUGGCUUUGGGUUAAGAAAAAUGAAGAUACAGAAAAAAGAAGGUAAUGGUAGAUUAGUUAGAAAGAAAAUAUUUCAUUUUGGAUACAGAGGGCCUCCUUCAUGCACAGUACCAUUGAGGAAAUGACUAAUCUUUGGCAUUCAAAAUUUAAUUCAAAGAAGGAUAUGGCUCCCUUGUCAUCAUCUCUUGACCUGCAUUCUGAGCCAGGUACAUGAAGCCUCUCAUCAAUCUAGUUACUUUCACAAGGAUUGUCAUUUUCUGUAUAUGGACACAUCAUUUACAAUAGUGAAAGUAGAAUAUUAGAAUCACAAUCUUCCAGCAUCAUAAUUAAAUAUAGAAGUAAUAACAAACUCACGAUAUAUAUUAUAUCAUGACUAAAUAGCAUUACAUUUUGUAUAUUUCUCACUUGUGAUAUAGAUUUCUAAGGUAUCUGAUCCCACCAAGUGUAACAAAGAAAAUAAAUUGUGAAUUAUCUAGAGAAAUCUGUUUUAUUAAAAAAAAAAUCUUC